CCACCACCGUCACUCCGAGGAAAUAGCUGAAACAAAAGGUUAAAACUGGCGCAGUUUCAGAGAAGCUUCUCUAACUCACAAAACCUAGGUCGUUUCUUCCGUUCGUAUUUAUCAGUACUUACUUGCACUUGCUUACAACCGUAUCUCUCUCGCUGAGCUUCACUUUCUGCUUUUCAUACUCAUCACAACAACAAUAACUCUGGUCUCAUGUGAUCCCUGAAAAAGACUAUAUCAAGGAAUUCAAAAAGAGAAAAACGAAAAUACUCAUCCUCAUAAGCAUGACUUCAGCGUCACCGGGUCAUCGGAGAAAAUUCUCCGGCAAGGACCCGCCGAGUUCCGGGCGCAAACUCCAGCCAGAGAAACACUCCGGUCGCCGAUUUGCGCCCGCUCCUCUGACGCUGAAGCUUCCGUUGCAAAACAGUGAGUACUCUCUUCUUCGGCCAUCGAAGCUGUUGCUGAAUGUGACCAUCGAGAACUGUUUGGGGGCCGUACAGGUGCUGUUGUCGCCUGAGGACACCGUCGCCGAUUUGAUAAAGGCUGCAUUGGCGUUCUACGAGAGGGAGAAGAGGAGGCCCUUCUUGAAGAACACUGAUCCCAAGUGCUACGACCUUCACUUCUCGUCCUUCACCCUUGAAAGUUUGAAGCCAGAUGAUAAGUUAGUGAACUUGGGGUCAAGGAAUUUUUUUCUGUGCUGUAAGGCUCCUGCCGCUACUUGCUUUGAGAAAAAGAAUAUGGCAACUGAUUCUGCAUUUCCAUGGAUGGUAUUCGUCCCUCUCCUGCUUUAGAUUGGGACCGUACGAAUCUCAGUUUGAUGAACAACAAGCCCCUCUUUCAACGCCUUUUUCUGGUCUUGCUUGCCUGAUUACCUUUUGUUGUGUACGUACGUCGACACUACUUAAUUAGGACCAUAUAUUUAUAACUAUCUCACUCACAUAUAUAUGCUAGUUUAUAAUUAAUCACUUAUUCAUUAUUAACAUUUUUGCAGUUAAUUUUAUAUCAAGUAGAUUACACUUA